CAUCUCCCUGGACACCCCGGUGUCCCAGCGAUAUAUCAUCCCACCGACCUCGUCGCCUGCUCUGGGCGUCUGCGGUUCUGACUACAUAAAAGCGUGAUAUUUCCUCUGUUGUAAUCGGCGUUCCAGCCCUCCCCCUUUCUCCGUCGCGAAGAUGUUGCUCCCCAAGGGUGGUGUAACGUGGAAGUCGGCCAAGGCGAGACUACCCCCAUGGCGGGCGGUUCUGUUCCUGGUGACACGGACCAGGUUUCUGGUAUCAUUGGCCAUCACCGGUCUGGUGGUCCUCCUAUGGCGUGGCAUCAGCAAGUCGGCGUCCGAGAUGCAGAGUUUCUACUGCUAUGGUCCCUCGAAAUCGCCGAUGGAGAUGAGCAUCAACGAGAUGGUUGAAUGGAGCGCCCACACGCAGACCCCGGUGCUCUUCAACCACCACGACCCCUACGAAGUGAACUCCUCCAGCAUCAAGACCGUCGACCUCAACCCCAUCAAAUCCACCACCCAGGCGGUCUCGAACUCUGAGCGGGUGCUCAUCCUGACGCCGCUGAGAGAUGCGUCGGAACAUCUGGUCAACUACUUCAACCUCCUCUACAAGCUGACGUACCCGCACGACCUGAUCGACCUCGCUUUCCUCGUUGGCGACUCCAGCGAUGACACCAUCGCCGUGCUCACCGCGGAGCUGGCCCGCAUCCAGGAUCAGGUGGACGAGAAGAUCGCGUUCCGCAGUGCCACAAUCGUGCAGAAGGACUUUGGGGCCGACACGGAGAUGAACGUGGAGGACCGGCACUCCUUUGCGGCUCAAGGCCCGCGCCGCAAGGCCAUCGGCAGAGCCCGCAACUACCUGCUCUACUCCGCGCUCAAGCCCGACCAUUCCUGGGUCUACUGGAGGGAUGUUGAUAUCUUCGACAGCCCCGCGAGCAUCCUCGAGGACUUCAUCGCCCAUGACCGGGAUGUUCUCGUUCCGAACAUUUGGUUCCACCGCUACCGGGAUGGUGUGGACGUUGAGGGUCGCUUUGACUACAACUCCUGGAUCGAAUCCGACAAGGGACGCAGGCUCCGGGAGACUCUCGACCCCAACACCGUGCUGGCUGAAGGCUACAAGGAGUAUGACACUGGCCGGACCUACCUCGUCGGCAUGGGUGACUGGAGAAAGAACAAGGACGAGGAGGUUGAGCUGGACGGCAUUGGCGGCGUCAACAUUCUCGUGAAGGCCGACGUCCACCGCACGGGCAUCAACUUCCCGGCGUACGCUUUCGAGAACCAGGCCGAGACGGAGGGAUUCGCGCGCAUGGCCAAACGCGCGGGCUACCAGGUGUACGGACUGCCGAACUACGUGGUGUGGCACAUCGACACGGACGAGAAGCCCGGCAACCUCGGGGAUCGCAAAGCAUACUAAGGUGGUAUCCUGAGCCGGUCUUUCGAACCGCAUUUCCGCGCCAUCCGAGUGGAGCGACCCGUUCCAUUUCUCCUUGAA